ACGUCUGACAUUUGUCAACUUUCCACUUGCAGUCAGCUGUUGCAAUUGUUUAUCGGAGGAAUAAUGACUUAAGAUAAGCCUAGGCCGCCAAAUGUGAAAUUCAAGUGAGGAUUAUAAUCGUUAUCGUCUUUUUCACGUGGUGACAAUGCUGCCACAAUAUGAACUCCUAAAUGAUGGCCAGGAUCGUCGUCAUGUCUUCCGUAUACCGUUCGGAAAAUUCGCCGUCUGUGUCGUCUGUUUGCCUCUCUGCAGUUUCCUGUUCUGUGUUGCCUGGUCGCUGUUAUUUUUCUUCCGGCGCUCAACUGCCACUCACUGCGAUGUUCAGAACUUCCUUCCGUCCAUAUCGGCAGCAAUUGGCAACUAUCAGCCUCAAAGGAUCGUCUGGCAGUUGGCCAUUUGCAUCCACUUCAUUCCACGACUCAUCGUGGCAAAAAUGUACUUAGAAUACAAUAACGAAAUCGUCAGACGUAGCAGACGCAUUCUAGUUCGAAUAGCAUGCGUGCUAAACGUUGUGGAGAACUUUGCACUGCUGGGCCUGUCGCUCUGGACCUCAGUGGACGAGUAUGAAAUGCAUAAAUUCUGCUUUAUAACGUUCAUCGUCGCCAGCGAACUAUACAUGCUUUUGUCAUAUUUCCUAAACGCUAAUGCAAGGAAAGUCACGAUUUUGACUAAAACCGAAGAGAGAUCCAUAAGAAACAAAAGGAACUUGUUUCUGGUGAAUGCAAUUUGCUUUGCAGGCGCGGCAUUCUGCUUUCUGCGCCACAACACGUAUUGCGAACCCGGAGUUUACACCGUGUUCGCGUUAUUGGAGUAUAUUGUGGUGCUGACAAACAUGGGAUUCCACAUGACGGCAUACUGGGACUUGUACGACAAGAGUUUGACCCUCGACUUCAGUUCAGCGUGUCCGAAAGUAUUUUAAAUUUACACUAGGAGCAUUAGCAACAAACUUGCUAGAUAUUAGAAAAAACUAUUCGUAAUUUAUUAUAUUUUUUUCAAAUUUUAGGAAAAAAUAAAAUCAGAUAAACAAUU